UUUCUACUUUUUUCUUUUCCCCCAACCGACAAAGUCGCCUACUCUCUUGUAAGCCGAGAGAACUCGCAUAAUGCCUAUGGCCGUGGACGAGUACACAAGGGGGGCUCCAGACUGAUUUCGCUUAUUUUUUUGCCCCGUUGUCGGGUACCCCAUAGUGAUGGACCAGGUUCGGUCCAGUGCAUCGAGAAUCUUCAACAUAACUUCUGUCGAAGGCCGAGAUGAUUGGGAUGAGAAAUGCGAUCGUACAUAUGGAGUUGUGCAAAAUCUGAUAAAUGAUUUAUCAGAGAAAGAAGCUCAUGAUGCUCUCACUAGUGCUGUGUGCAAGGAUGCCAAAACUCAUGAAGAUGUGUGUGUUGGUCUAGUUUAUGUGAUUCUCACUGACCAACAAAAUGCUGCAAGGAGCUACCGUGACCUGUCAUUUGUCUCAAGGGAUGGUUUAGCCCUUGUUUUGACUCAUUUGACUCAACUAGUGGUUGAAAGGUUUCCCAGACUACUGGAUUCAGUACGCAGUCAAUUAAUUUGGCUCAUCAAGGAGCUAGUAAGGGCGAAUGUCACUGGGACUGACAUGGUGAUCUGGAAUCUAAUGAGGCAGAUUGCAGGUGGUGAUGUGGCAGCAAAAAACAUUUGGCUUGCUGACACUUUGAUGGAGUUAUUGAUUGACCAGAGAGUAUGGCUUGACAAGUUUCCAUUUCUCAUUGCCUCUGUGGUCUACACUUACCUCAGAUUGAUUGAAGAUCAUAUUAACCCAACCCAUGCAUUCAUCCGGCAAAAGGAAAUAAACUUUUGCAUCUCCUUAUUGAGAGAAAAAUUUAGUGAUUGUAUGGCCAUUGGAAGAGACUUGGUCCGACUUCUUCAGCAUGUUGCCCGCGUCCCCGAGUUUGAGCUAUUAUGGAGGGACAUUCUGCACAACCCUAAAGCCCUUUUACCAACUUUUACUGGUCUGUCUCAGCUUAUGCAGAUUCGAACGUCGCGUCGUUUCCUAUAUCUCCGCCUCACUCCCGACAUGGAGAAAAAGAUAAUCUUUUUGACGUCAUCUGUUCGCUUUGGUAAUCAGAAACGCUACCAGGAUUGGUUUCAACGCCAGUACCUGUCGACACCCGAGUCGCAAUCACUUCGAUGCGAUCUAAUUCGGUUCAUCGUGGGAGUUAUUCACCCGUCCAACGAAGUCCUCUGUUCGGAAAUAAUACCCCGAUGGGCCGUCCUCGGUUGGCUCCUCACCACUUGCACACACCCGGUUGCUGCAGCCCACGCCAAAAUGGCUUUGUUUUACGAUUGGCUGUUUUACGAUGGUGAACGUGAUAACAUUAUGAAUAUAGAGCCCGCCAUAUUAGUCAUGUACCAUUCGAUGAGGCCUCACCCUGCUAUUACUGCCACAUUGCUGGAUUUUCUUUGUAGGAUAAUUCCAAAUUUCUACCCGCCAAUGGCUAAUCAAGUCCGGUUGGGUAUUCUGACGUCGCUGCGCCAGAUAUUGGAAAAACGAGUGUUACCCUCUCUCUCCCCACUUAUGAACAACCCAAAGCUGGACAAGGAACUCCAGCUACUCAUUCAAGAAUCGUUUCCCGAGUUCUGCCGAGCAACGCAGAACAGCAGUCCGCCAACAGCUGACGGGGUUAAAACGGAGGAUUUUAAAGAGUUGGACGGCGACAGUAUGAUUGUCAGUAGCAGUAGUGAAUCUGUACUGGCUCCUCCUUCCCUCAUUCCGGCUUCCGAUACGCAUCUCAGUGACGAACCAGUCUUCAGCGAGGAAGAGGACCAGGAUGACAUUCCUAUUGCCACCAAGAUAAAGAUGAGAGGCAAGAUGACCACCAAUUCUGUGCGAACAAUUCCUCCUCAAUUACUUGAAAUUUCCAACACUGUGGCCCAACUCGACGGGGAUGUACGGGUCUACGUUGAAAUGCUCGUCUCUGAAUCGGAUAUUGAAGCACGUUGCUCUGCUGUGGAGAAUCUGGUCCAGUCGAUUUCUCAAGAUCCUCUUGAAAGCGACCAAGCUCAAAUGUUGGUUCAAUGUCUGCAUGCCAUAUUCCUGCAUGACCUGAGUACAACGCCGUUACUCACAGGGUCUCAGAUCAACUCAGAAGCCAUGGAAGAAAGCAUAUCACGCCCCAUGUUCGUCCUACUCCGUUGCUUCGCAGAGAUGGUUGAUGAUGAUUCAAAGAGUCGGUCUCCAAUAACGGAGUUGCUAGUGGAGUUGUACAAGCUCCAGCCUAAGACGGGUUAUUUUCUCUUAUACUUUUUACGAGCAAGUAAAGCCAGCGAAUCCAAGUUUGCUUCCUAUCGAGAAGUCUGCCAAGCUCGGGAUAUGGAAGUAGCUCAUUGUUUGCUGGAAGAUUUGAAGAUCUGUGCUGAUGAUGACGUCAAUCUACUCUGCUACAUGGCAGUGGACGUGUUUCAAAAGUUCCCAGACGAGAGUCGCAACAAUAGUGAGCUUUUACAUCUAUACGUAUCAAACAUUGACGGGACGCAGCUCUACCAACUCGUGGUUCAGUGCUUACUUGGUGCCCUGGUUCUUUUUGAUAAAGAUCCUUCCGUCAUCGAGUUGCUGGUAUCUAGCCUUGAGUGGGAGACAUUUGAACAGAUGGCCUUAUGGCAGCUGGUGGCGGCCCACAGCAUACCUCUAUCAAUGUUACUCUCUCUGCUUCCCAAGCUUAAGGAAGACCAGCAUUGCGAAGCACUCACAGCGCUCAUGGCGAUGAUCAAACACGAGCGCCCCAAUAACGACCUUAUGAAGGCACUGCUGAGUUGUCCAAUCGAGAGCUUCAUCUCUGCGUUGCUAUCUCAUUGGUCGAUGGAAUCGUCAACACUACUGGCACAGAUAUUGGCCAAUCAGUUCAACUCGGCGCUCAACAUGAAUUCACUUCCCGGGGGUCUUUCGUCGAGCAAUUCGCCGGGAAAGCGGAAGAGGACAACGAUGAACUCGCUUUCUGCUGCAACUGGUUUCAAAGUUACACCAACCCCUGGUUCUGGCAUUGAUUCUUCUAUUGAAUUGAUGAUGACGCACAUGGAAAUACUGAGAACAUGCCUGACGGCCAAUUUGCUGACGAAAAAUGGCAAACAGCAGCCGGCAGAGAUCAAAGUCUUUGCUCACGAGAGCAUGCAGCAGGCGCUACAACAGGUGCAACAAGUAUGUAACGACUCGCAAAAGAAAAAGUUCAGUGACCUUUUCUCGCUGCUGGACACAAACGACGAGCCGGAAGUGAGUAGUGGUAGUCGGCGACCCGCCGGACGAGGAAAUAAACGAACUGGCAAUCGAGUGACGACCAAUAAUUCGAACCGCAACAGCAAGCAAUCGAACAAGGAGGAGAGCGAAGACGAGAGCAGCGAAGAAGAGAUCAUCAUUAAGCAGCGGACGGCCAAGAAGAGAAGGAAAGCCACGGUCGGGUCGGACUCCGACUGAGAGUAGAGAUGGAGUAAAACAACAACAAAAUAAAAACAUUACAAACUAUAACAGUGGCACAAAAUUGUGUGAUCGACUGGCCUGUGACCGAGUCUGUGAAUGAAGUUCGAAUCAUUCGACUUUUUAUUUAAAACAAACAUCACUCAUCAUAGACCUGCCAUGACUUUGAAUGAUCCGUUCGACGACUGCCAUACCAGGAGGCUUGUUAUUCCAUUGGGUGAUCGUUCCGAGUCUUGGGCUGUUCUUUCUCAACCUCUUUGACCGAGUCGUGGCUCUUGAUAUUCGUUCUUUUUUUUUCUUUUUUCAGCAAUGUCGUCCUGAUUGAGUGUACAGCAAAAAAAAUGGGCACAGUCCAUGGUGUGACCAUUCAAAAUUGUAAAUACAUCUGUUUCUCAUUCUAUUUCGAAAAAGUGGGAUAACCCCCGUGUAAAAAGAUUUCUCGCACCGUUUCCCCUCGUUUUUCUUCCUGAGCUCAUACAAGUGUUGAAGAGGAACAAUAAAAAUCAAAUGAAAAUUG